AGCUGCCUUCCCUCCCCAAAGUGUGGAGCCAGGAGCGCGGGGGAGCGCGGCUGCGGCGGCGGCGCCUCCUCCGCCACCAAACUCCGGGGCUCGGCGGGGCUUGGGGCCACCUCCUCUUUAGCCAGGAGGAACCCUCUCCCAAUAGGUUUCAGUCUGACUUUUUCCUCCCCAUUUCUUUCUUCCUCUCUCUUUUUCCCCCAUUACAUUUUUCCUGCCUUCGGACUUCAGGCUGCUGCAGCCCCAGCCUUCCCAGGGCUCAGCUCUUUUGGGGCUACUCAUCCCUCCGGCCGCGAGCAAGGACGCGCCCCCUGCGUCGGGGCGAAGAAAAGAAGAAAAACUUGUCGGAGGGGUUUCGCCAGCCCACAGUAACCCCCUCCCCGCAAACCCAAACCUUCCGCGGGGCCCAUCCCAGGACUGGGGAAAGUUCCUUCUGAGCCGACAGCCCUCUUGGAUUUGGAGCAGGCACCCGCGCUGGCUGUGGAAUUAGAUCUGUUUUGAACCCAGUGGAGCGCAUCGCAGGGGCUCGGAAGUCACCGUCUGCGGGCACCGGGGUGGCGCUGCCUGUGCGGAACGGAGAGUUUGCCAGCCCCAGCUGCAAGUGGCCUUUCGCCUUCGCAGUUUGUUGUUCAGUGUCUGGGGUGAGGGCUGCGAGUGUCGUGGCAAGUUGUGAAGAGACCUGGAGGUCCGGAGAGGACUGCGCUUCCCUCGCACUCCCUUCUUCCUCUUCCCGGCUGCCGGGUGUGAACUCCCAGCGAAAUUUACAAAGGCCUCUGCGUCCCGCCGAGACCGGUCCGCAGCGUUCGGCCCCGCUGUCCCCAUUUCCAACGGGAGCCCCGGAGCACAGGGUGCCGGGGAAGUACUGGCGGGGAGGGGGAGGGAGGUCGCGGCGGCGGCAUGGCGAGGUUCCCGAGGGCAGACCUGGCUGCUGCAGGAGUUGUGUUACUUUGCCACUUUUUAAUGGACCGGUUUCAGUUCGCUGAAGGGAAGCCUGGAAACCAAGUCAAUGAUUGGCACUAUCAGGUUGCUCAGGCCUUCCCACAAACAGAAGAGGAGGUGGAGGUGGACUCACAUGCGUUCAGCCACCGGUGGAAAAGGGACUUGGAUUCUCUCAAGGCGGUAGACUCAAACCGAGCCAGCCUGGGCCAAGACUCCCCAGAGCCCAGAGGCUUCACGGACCUGCUCCUGGACGACGGGCAGGACAACACCACCCAGAUUGAGGAGGACACAGAUCAUAAUUACUAUAUAUCUCGGAUAUACGGUCCAUCUGAUUCUGCCAGCCGGGAUUUGUGGGUGAACAUAGACCAAAUGGAAAAGGACAAAGUGAAGAUUCAUGGAAUACUGUCCAAUACUCAUCGACAAGCUGCAAGAGUGAAUCUGUCCUUCGAUUUUCCAUUUUAUGGCCAUUUCCUACGUGAAAUCACUGUGGCAACUGGGGGUUUCAUUUACACUGGAGAAGUUGUACAUCGAAUGCUGACAGCCACACAGUACAUAGCACCUUUAAUGGCAAAUUUUGAUCCCAGUGUAUCCAGAAAUUCGACAGUCAGAUAUUUUGAUAAUGGCACAGCACUUGUUGUCCAGUGGGACCAUGUACAUCUCCAGGAUAAUUACAACCUGGGAAGCUUCACAUUCCAAGCAACCCUCCUCAUCGAUGGGCGCAUCAUCUUCGGAUAUAAGGAAAUUCCUGUCUUGGUCACACAGAUAAGUUCGACCAAUCACCCAGUGAAAGUGGGGCUGUCAGAUGCAUUUGUCGUUGUCCACAGGAUCCAACAGAUUCCCAAUGUCCGAAGAAGAACGAUUUAUGAAUACCACCGAGUAGAACUACAGAUGUCAAAAAUCACCAAUAUUUCCGCUGUGGAGAUGACCCCAUUGCCUACAUGUCUCCAGUUUAAUGGCUGUGGCCCCUGUGUAUCGUCUCAGAUUGGCUUCAACUGCAGUUGGUGUAGUAAACUUCAAAGAUGUUCCAGUGGAUUUGAUCGCCACCGGCAGGACUGGGUGGACAGCGGAUGCCCUGAAGAGUCAAAAGAGAAGAUGUGCGACACCACAGAGCCAGUGGAAAGUUCUACUCGAACCACCACCACCAUACGAGCAACAACCACACAAUUCAGGGUCUUGACGACCACCAGAAGGGCAGUGACGUCCCAGCUGCCCACCAGCUUGCCCACAGAAGAUGAUACCAAGAUAGCUCUACAUCUAAAAGAUAAUGGAGCCUCUACAGAUGACAGCGCAGCGGAGAAGAAAGGGGGCACCCUUCAUGCCGGCCUCAUCGUUGGAGUCCUCAUCCUGGUCCUCAUUAUAGCCGCGGCCAUUCUUGUGACCAUCUAUAUGUAUCACCAUCCGACGUCGGCAGCCAGCAUCUUCUUUAUUGAGAGACGCCCAAGCAGAUGGCCAGCGAUGAAGUUUCGAAGAGGUUCGGGCCAUCCUGCCUAUGCUGAAGUUGAACCAGUCGGAGAGAAAGAAGGUUUUAUUGUAUCAGAGCAGUGCUAAAAUUUCUAGGACAGAACAGCACCAGUGCUGGCUUACAGGUGUUAAGACUAAAAAUUUGCCUAUACCUUUAAGACACACACACACACACACACACACACACACACACACACACACACACACAGGAGCCCUAAGCUGCUGUAGCCAGAAGGAGAUGAGAUUUCUGGACAAGCCCAGCCCAGAAGGGGUAAAACAAACAAACAAACAAAAAACCCUAAAACUUAUCGAGGAUACCAAUUACCACUGAACACAGAACUCCCUAGUGGAAUGCCCUCUGUAGCUCACUCAGCACAUCUCCUGUGGACUUAUCAGAAAUAUAACAAGAUUACAGUGCUGUUGGCUUAAGGUGCAGGGUUGCAAAGGGAUCGAGAAAAAAAAAAUAAAGCUUUAGUUCACGAGGGAUCUACACCUUUAGUUCAAAUAUUUUCUCUUUUAACUGUCUUCUGAAGCCUGAACCCAUUCACUCAGAAGAGCAAUGAUGACUAUUUCCAGUUUGCUGAGAAAAGUAGCUGAUGCAGGAGGAAAAAAACACAAAAUAAGAGAUUUUCUGUCUUUUCACCAGACACGUGGCUAAAGGAUUUUGUUUUUCUGGUCUAGACCUACCUGUUCCAACAAGUUCAUCCCUUUACAGGUUGAAUCUUUUAUCUGUCCUGGAGGUUCCGACUCUGCCUCCCUCUUCCUUGUCCCGGGUGCCCUCUCUAUGCGCAGUGACAGGAUCGCAGCCUCUUAGCUGAGUGUGAGGAAGGAGGGAGGGCAGAGGCAGCUUCUGGUUCCCCUGCCUCAGAAUAAAACCUCCGAUUUGUUUUAAGAAGCAUUGCCCCCAUCUCCCAACUGGGAAGUCCUAUGAAGCCACAGUUGCUCUUGGCUGAAGGAAGCAAAAGGAAACAAUAUGAAGAGUUCCUUAACCGUUUUUGAAGCAAAAAUGUUAAGGGAUUCUAAACAUAUGGGGUUCUUGGUUUUGUUUUUUACUUCCUGCCGUUUCAGUCUGAAAGGCCCAUUUCAUUCCUAUCUAAGAAGCCGUUCCAGGCGGCACAUCCCUGGCGACAAAAAGAACGAAAGAACCCUGCUGAAUCAUACAGUCAUUUUCUUUAAAGCACAUAGUAGUUACAUAAAUAUAUAUAUAAAUAUAUUUUUGUUUAUAACUAACACAAGGCAGGCUCUUGUGACUCAGAGUGCAUUUUGUCAUCAAGACAAAACAAAUGCAAGAUGCAUUACUGCAUACUUCCAUAGAGUUGUAAAAUAAUCCUUAAUAUUAGAAUAUUUUUAUGUCACUUAGCAGAAGUGGUUCAAUUGGUUGCAGCGCCGAUCACUUUCCUGCCUAUUUGAGCCACUCUCCCGUUCAUAUCAGCCCCUUCCCUCCUUGGCAAAAUAAAGCAGAUGCAAAAAGCUCCUUAGAUGGGUCUGUCAUUUGCCCCGUAAUCACAGUCCAGAUUUUGAAACCUCCCCAUAAGCGAAGCCAGGAAAGGCAUCCCUGGAGGAGGAAAGUGGUUAAUAUAUGUACUGAGCUCCUAAAGUUUAAAUUCAGGUACUGUGUGUACAAUUUCAUCCACAUCUCGACCCAUGAAACUUACAUCUUGUGCCAAGAAGCUGUUGGUCUUGUAGGGUACCAUGUCCAACAUUUGCAGAUUCAGGUAUCAAGAAGCAGAGAUGUCUCGUAAGCAGCACUUGACUACCGACUUAGCAUCUGUGCACGUGUCUACACCAAAUGGCAUCAGUCCACCAACAGAGUAUCAUAUUUUAUCAUUACAAGUGUCUGAUGUAAACUUGUGCCGUUUUCCAUCAAGUAUAUUUUCCUUUCUAUUUUUAAGUACCUGAUGAGGGUGAUAAUUUUUUCCUAACCUGCUUAGAUAAUAAUUGCAAAAAAAAAAAAAUUGACAAGCAAGGUGAUUGAAGGAUGUGAUGACAAUCUCUCUGCUAUAGCUAUGUUCAGUUUAUAGGAAAUAACCCAACUUAUUUCUUGUGGAGUAGGUUUGGUCAGUUAGCAAUAACCAAAUGACUUGCCAAUGUAACUGGUGCAACGGGUAUUCUGCAAAGACAUAAGGAACACGUAGACGAUUCCUUCUAGGAUAAGAUGAUGCUUCUUUCACUUGCUUUUGUGUUAGGUGUGGCUUCCAGUAGGGGAUGAUUGAGAGUUAUAUAAAUCUUGCAUAUAUAUAUAUAUAUCCAACACCUCUUGCAAUUCUUUGAAGUAGUGAUGUUAUCUUUAUUCCUUUCGAAGCUCAUCUUCCAUUUUCGAUUCAAAAACAUUGACAAUUCUGUAAAAUAACAUAAAACUCUCUGAAUUGUUCAGUAAACUAGAGCACCCAGUAGUAGGGAAAAUUCGUCAGAAGUAAAAAGGCUGCUGAGGUGUGGGAAAACUUCCCAGCCAACCCAGGAGUUAAAAGUGGUAAGACAUUUCUGUUGUUUAUGAAUCUUUUAGUGGCAAGGAGAAAGGCUGGCUGAAUCCCUUUUUUUUUCUCAUGAAACUUUCAUUCUACUCUGUACCUCUGGUUUGUUCUUGGUGCCCAUUUACUGAGAAGGAAGAGCAGACAUACACAAAGUUUAUGGAAAUUCAGAAUGGACUCUGAUGCUUGGGACUUUACAUAUAUUAUGUAUCUCAGAAAGGGUGCAUCUGUACAUUACUUAAUAUACUAUGAACAUAGAGAAUAAAAAUAAUUUUACAAAUUAAGAAUAGCAAAGGAACACAUACAAAGUUCUGGAAAAAUAGAUAAGUGGUGCUAUUGAGGAAGUUAGUUAUUUCAUCUGAAUUGUUUGUAAAAGCAUUUAGUGAAAAGGUAAAGGUAUUAAAAGUCAAGAAGAAUAUCUGAAGCCAACCAGGUGGCACUGACCACAGUGUUGGUUUGUUAUGAAAGUUUUGGACUUCAAGAUUUACUAACAAAUAGAAAACUAAAGAUAAAUAAUAAAGUACAACUUACCGCCAAUUAUUAUUUUAGUUUGAGAUACCUAGGGCAGUUGCUAAUCUCUCUCACAGGGAGCUUCUAGAAUGUGCUGUCCAAUAUUAUACCCACUAGCCAAGUGUAGCAAUUUAAAUGAAUUAAAAUUAAAUAAAAAUAAAAAUUCAGUCCUUCAGUCACGCUAGCCAUACUUCAAGCACCCAGUAGUCACAUGUGGCUCCUGGCUACCAUAUUGGACAGCACAGCACAUUCCUGUCCUUGCAGAAAAUUCUACUAACACUGCUGUAGAGGUCUUUCCUUUUACACUCUCCCCUUGAAGAAAAGGAGGAGGAGAAAAAGUAGAUUUGAUCAUUCCUGGGCCUAUCUAAGUGUUUUGCUCUCAGAGAGACAGCAUAGGGUAAUGAAAAGAAUCCCAGCUAACACAGCUUUGAGUCUCAACUAUGUUAUCUUGGGAAAAUCACUUUAACUGCCAUGAGUCUCAAUUUUCAAGUUUGGAAAAUAAAAAUAUCUCUGUCCUGUC